AUGAGUUAUUACAACAAUAACGCUAAUUACGGUCACAAAAACUUUUCAUUCCCAAAUUUCGGUGGUGGACUCAAAAGAACCAACAGUCUAUCAAACGAUGAGAUCUUUGAUUUGCUAGAAUGGGUGGGAAACAGGAAUCGUUGGACAAACUACGUUUACCUGCUCUUAAUCGUAUGGGAUUUCGACAGGAAUAAUGAUUUUCGCGGCGGACAUAAAUUCGGACAAGAAUAUGAAAAAGUGGAAGAACAUCUGACUGAAUUAUUUGUGAAUGGCGGGGCAACACAAUAUCAAUACAAUCAAGUGAUUAGCUCGUUGGAGAAUUUUGCGAAGUUUUUUCGAAAUCGAAGUUUUGAAGAAGAGUUGAGGAAACAGACGUUAGAUUACGCGUAUUUGCAGAUUGGUGUUCGCCCUUCCGAAUUACAUGAGGAGGUAAAACUACUCCGCGAUCAAUUACGUCGGCUGUCAAGUGAUCAACGUACUAGAAUACCAAAAGACAAAAUCGCUAAACCACAGCAAACUCGUCGUUUCUCUUCCGACCGAUUAGAAAUGAUGGAUUUAAAGAAUACAAUUCUCGAACUUCAAAAAAAAAAUAAAAAAUUAACGGAUUUAGUUUCACAAUCAGAUGAGAAAAUCGAUGCAUUACAAGAUCAGGCAGCUCGCUACCAAGAAGAAGCAUCAAAUUAUCAAGCCGCGCUUGGAAAUGCUAUAAACGUUCGAUGGCGCGACGAUGAUCAGAAUAACGCGGUGAAUUUGAGUGAUGACAUUGAGAAACUAGUGCAUACACUUGGAAGUUUCACUAAAGUAAAAGGAAGUGGCGUGAAAAUUCGUGAGGAUGCUGCCAAUCAACUUCUCGCAAGUUAUAAUUGUAGAACUGACGCUAACGAGAAACGUGGUAGUAAAUUUGGUGGUAAAUUACUGCUUGCUGCGGCAUUACAACUUAAAAUACUCGAAACAAUUAUAAAUCAUGUCAAAUAUAAUUAUAAAAUUUCCAAUAACAAAGAUACUGAUGCACAAGAAUGGAUUGACGCAGAAGAAGAAUGGGUUGGUGGCUCUGGCUUUUUAGUUCAGGAACCGUUCGAACUACCGCAAAAUCAAGCCUAUGACAACAAUCAUCACAACAACAAUCUCGAAAUAGAUAUUAUCUCGAACACCAAUGAGCUAAUCAGGCUAAUGAGUAGAUUAACGGAAAUUCGAAGCGGAACUGACAAUUUUACGCCAAUUGCACCAAUAAAAGUACGCCAAUAUGUAUACGCAGCGCUUGGAUCUCGAGCAUUUAAUGACCAAACACAUCCAUUUAUCAGUUACCUCAUUGGGAAAAUAAUCUCUAUUAUGGAUUUCUAUCGUGAACUUCUUGACGAACAAAAGAAACAAGAAUUACCGAAUGAAGCGAUCGAACUGGUUCUUGAAGUGAUUCAUUUAUUCUUCUUUCGACUUAAAGCUCAACCGACUAUUCCCGAAUUUCGAUUCUUCCCCUCUGGUCACCCAUUAGAUGCCGAAUUAAUGGAGGGGACCUGGGAGAAUAUUCAAAAAUAUGAAGUGGAAAUUUGUUAUUUCCCUGCGAUUGGAAUCAAUCUUGGAUCCAAAGAUCGACGAGUGUUUACUAAAGCUAGAAUUAUCACACGUCCAAAGUCUACAUUACGCGAUGACGAGGGUGAUGACGAUUGA